UCGCCCGCGCCAUCAGCAACCAGAGUUGUCACGACUACAAUAACUGCGACAGUGCCCGCAUCCACGGAUAGUGAUAGCCCAAUAGUAGUUCCAACACAAGGGAAAAUCCAGCUUCCCUGCCCCGACAUAGAUGGCGAAUCGAAAUCAAUAAUACUGUCAGAUGGGCUCGCGACAUUUGGGAUUCGUUGCAGGGCGAGCUUUGGAUCAAAAGGGUCUGUCGACAUACUUGCGGUUGUGGUCUAUUCGUACUUGGACUGCCUCAGGGCUUGUGCGUCGUACAAUCGCAACUCAGGGUCCAAAAUAUGUGUCGCAGCGGUUUUCAACUCUAAUCUUGCUAAUGUCGGCCCAAACAAUGGGAAUUGUUGGCUCAAGAAUGGAACCAGUAAUCCGUCUUAUUCUGACAAUUCUGCUGUGGCCGGCAUCCUCGGUUGA